AUGCUGGCAUCUUCCAGUUCUGGGCUCUCUGGCUCCUAUGAAGACUUGCAGCGUGGGCAGGUGUCUGAAGCCCUGGUGGACUUCACCGGAGGGGUGACAGUGACCAUCAAACUGGCAGAAGCCCCUGAUAACCUCUGGGAUAUCCUAACCCAAGCGACCUACAGCAGAACCCUCAUUGGCUGCCAGACCCACUCAGGGGAAAGGGUGCUGGAGAACGGGCUGGUGGACGGCCAUGCCUACACUCUCACGGGGAUCAGGAAGGUGACCUCCAAACAUGGACCUGAGUAUCUGGUCAAGCUGCGGAACCCCUGGGGGAAGGUGGAAUGGAAAGGAGACUGGAGUGACAGCUCAAGGACAUGGGAGCUACUGAGCCCCAAGGAGAAGAUUCUGCUACUGAGAAAAGAAGAUGAUGGAGAAUUCUGGAUGUCACUGCGGGACUUUAAAGCACACUUCAUGCUUCUGGUCAUCUGUAAACUGAGCCCAGGCCUACUGAGUCAGGAGGUGGGCCAGAAGUGGUCGUAUACCAUGCUGGAGGGGAGAUGGGAGAAGGGGACCACGGCUGGUGGCCAGAUGAAGUCACCCCAAGACACAUUUUGGAAGAACCCACAGUUCCUGCUGUCCGUCUGGAGGCCCCAGGAGGGCAGGAAGCUCCAGGGGCCCUGCAGCAUACUGGUGUCUCUGCUCCAGAAGCCCAGGCACCGGCAUCGCAACCAGCAGCCACACCUCGCCAUUGGCUUCUACCUCUUCAGGAUGAACAAGAGUUAUGAUGACCAGAGGAGACUGCCCCCCGAGUUCUUCUGGAAAAAUGCUCCCCUGAGCUGGCCUGAGGAAUUUCUCAGGGAGAAAGAAGUGAGCCGGGAGCUGUGGCUGGAGCCGGGGAGGUACCUCAUCGUGCCCUGCACGUCUGAGGCCCGCCAGGAGUCUACCUUCGUCCUCAGAGUCUUCUCCAGGAAGCACGUCUUUUAUGAAAUUGGCAGGCGUUCAAAUGUCAUCUUCUCUAAGGAAAUUGUGGACCAAAAUGAAGGGCAGGAUGAGUUCUUCGCCAAACUUUUUGAAAAGCAUCCAGAAAUAAAUGCUGUCCAACUGCAGAAGGUCCUGAACCACAUGCCCUGGUCAGGUCUAGGGAGCACACAGCCUCACUUCAGCCUCGAGGCCUGCCAGGGGAUCCUGGCCCUACUGGAUCUUAAUGCAUCUGGCACCGUGAGUAUCCAGGAAUUCAGGGACCUAUGGAAGCAGCUGAUGCUCUAUCAGGAGGUUUUCCACAAGCAAGACACGAACCAGUCAGGAUCCCUGAACUGGGCCCAGCUGCGGGCCGCCAUGAGGGAGGCAGGAAUCGUGCUCGGUGAUGACGUCUGCCAGCUGAUGCUUAUCCGCUACGGCGGCCCCGACCUCCAGAUGGACUUUGUCAGCUUCGUCCACUUGAUGCUGCGUGUGGAGAACAUGGAGGAUGUCUUCCAAAACUUGACCCAAGAUGGCAAAGGGAUAUACCUCCAGAAGCCAGAGUGGUUGAUGAUGACUCUGUACACCUGAGAAGGCUGGACGCCCAUCGGCCCUCAUUCAGGACUCUGCAUAUGGCUUAAGGGUGGACUUUGGCUGAGACCAGCAUAUGCUCAACCCACCUGCAGUUGGCUGGACCACAUCUCCAGCCAUCACCUUCUCAUCUGGCAAGACUUCUUUUCUGCAGAUCACCCACUUUGGAUGGCCAGCAUGCAAAAAGGGAAGGGAGAUAGUAAUGAUCACCUUGGACUUGUAAAGAUCAGCUCUUUCCCUGUGAUCACAACCUUGCCACAAGCAGAGAUGUGGCUUAAUCAAUCUGCUCCAGAGUUGGCGUGCUUAACCUUUAUACAAUGCUGCCUCCAUGGAUGUCCAACUUAAAUGACCUUAGACAUGCCAAGUGUCAUCACAUUUGGGGUAAUAGUCUAGGUUUCAAUGUCUGAAGAGGGAAUGAUACAUUUGUGGACAUCUGUACCGGCAUCUAUAAAUUGAUAGAGGCGUAGGCUGAGUUUUAACUGUUUGAGGGAGGGAUGGGGAUAUAUUGAGCUUUCAAGAUCACAGAAAAUGACAAAAUUGGCAGGGACUAGGUGAGAUGGGCUGGCUUUGGCACCUGAGGUCACUGGGUGAUCUGCUGACAAUGUCUCCAGAUGAUUGGACUUGGGGAGGUACCAGUGGAUUUAAAACACCUGACUUCUUAAAGGGCUUCCUGCUUCAAAUGGGUGUUAGUCUAUUUACUUGACCUAUGGGCUAUCAAAUCUACUUCAAAGAACAACAAAUCCAUGCUACAUCAUUGAGUUAAUCUGUAGACAGUUGGUAUAUCUUAUCUUUCUGAACUACAUAGAUACCUCAUUUUCCUAGCAUCCCUAACAACGCAGAACCCAGGUGGAAAACCACAGCAGUGGCCAUUUUCCAAAGCCCAUGCAUUUUACUCAUAAGUUAGCAACCCAGAGCCAUUCAUUAAAAUUCUAUUUAUUAUUAAUUUACAAACUAUUCUAAAAAACAUUGCUAUCUGGUUUCCAGCUCCAGCUAAAGGAGGAGGCUGAAUAAGGGGAUAAAAGAGUGUCCAUUGGCAGAACUAGAGGAAAUGUGACAGCCUGGUAGGUGGGCUCUGCAGGGGGACAGAGCACU